CUCGGUGCCACGUUCUUUCCCUCCAAAUCGCCGAUCCCAUCUUUCUCUAAUUCCGACUGGUCCGAGUUUUCUGUUUUCCCAGGAAAUUGAUCGACUCUUUUCUCCAUUCUUUUUCUAGCCAGAUUCUACAAUGUUGGCAUUCAAAUUUCAGUGUUGGGGUUUAAGAAUUUGUUGAACUUUUGACUAGUUGAAGAAAAUGGUGCGAGGAAGAGAUGCCUGUUGGGAACAUUGCGUCCUUGUUGAUGCAAACAGACAGAAGGUUAGAUGUAACUAUUGUCAGCGGGAAUUCAGCGGUGGCGUAUAUAGGAUGAAGUUUCACUUAGCUCAAAUAAAGAACAAAGACAUAGUCCCUUGCACAGAAGUCCCAAAUGAAGUCUGUGAACGAAUUCGGAGCAUAUUAAGUGCUCCCAAGAAUCAGAAAACUACCAAGAAACCAAAGGUGGAUCAGGCAGCAGCCGUGGUCAAUGAUCGACAUAAUAGCUCUUCUGCUAGCGGCGGCUUCCAACCUAAUGACGAUGGAUCUACCAGUCAGAAUGGAAGCGCCUGCCCAUCUUUGUUGUUUCCAAACCCUUCGCCAAAUAGACAACCGGAGGUGGAAGAAGCUCAGAGGCAAAAACAAGAUAAUGCUGAUAAAAGAAUUGCUGUUUUUUUCUUCCACAAUUGUGUCCCUUUUAGUGCUGCUAAAUCCAUGUAUUACCAAGAAAUGGUGGAUGCUAUAGCAGAAUGUGGGGUGGGCUAUAGAGCCCCCAGUUAUGAGAAGCUAAGAUCUUCACCGUUGGACAAAGUAAAAGUCGAAAUACAUGAUUCCUAUAGGAAAUAUAGAGAUGAGUGGAGAGAAACUGGUUGUACUAUCUUAUGUGAUAGUUGGUCUGACGGUAGUAGGACCAAAUCACUUGUGGUGUUCUCGGUUACAUGCCCAAAGGGGGCGUUAUUUCUGAAGUCAGUUGAUGUCUCCGCUAACAAAGACGAUGCUAAUUACUUGUUCGAGUUGCUCGAGUCUGUUGUCUUGGAGGUUGGUGUAGAAAAUGUUGUUCAGGUCAUAACUGAUGUUGCAGCCAGUUAUAUUUACGCGGGACGGCUUCUCAUGGCAAAGUACAAUUCUUUGUUCUGGUCUCCUUGCGCGUCUUGUUGUAUCGAUAAGAUUUUGGAGGAUCUUGGUAACCUAGAGUGGGUGAACACAGUCCUGGAAGAGGCAAAGACCAUGAUAAGGUACAUUUAUAGCCAUUCUUGGACUUUGAAUAUGAUGAGAAAGUUCACCGGCGGAAGGGAACUAAUGAGGCCAAGAAUCAGUAGAUAUGUCACUAAUUUCCUCUCCUUGAGGUCUAUCGUGAUUCAGGAAGAAAAUUUAAAACACAUGUUAUCUCAUACAGAUUGGUUGUCAUCCGUGCACAGUAGACGUCCUGAGGCUCAAGCCAUCAAGUCCUUGUUGUAUUUGGAUAGAUUUUGGAAGCACGCACAGGAAGCUGUUAGAAUUUCCGAACCAUUUGUUAAAAUCCUGAGAAUUGUUGAUGGGGACAUGCCAGCCAUGGGCUAUAUGUAUGAAAGCAUAGAGAGGGCCAAGGUUGGCAUAAAGGCCUACUAUAAAGGAGUUGAAGAGAAGUAUAUGCCGGUUUGGGAUAUGAUCGAGCGGAGAUGGAACAUGCAGCUCCACUCAUCCUUGCACGCAGCUGCAGCAUUCCUAAAUCCUUCGAUAUCUUACAACGCAAGUUUUAAGAUGGAUUUGAGAUUGAGGAAUGGGUUCCAAGAAGCAAUGUUGAAAAUGGCUACCACAGACAAUGAUAAGACGGAAAUAACCAAGGAACUUCCGAAGUACAUUAAUGCACUAGGUGCUCUUGGGACAGAUUUCGCAAUUAUGGGAAGGACAUUGAACGCCCCAGGUGAUUGGUGGGCAGGAUAUGGAUAUGAAAUCCCCACUCUUCAGAGAGCUGCAAUAAGGAUAUUGAACCAAACUUGCAGUUCACAUUGGUGCCUGUGGAAUUGGACCACCUUUGAGAGCAUUCACAACAAGAAUCGUAACAGAGAAGAAAUGGAGAAGUUGAAAGAUUUGGUGUUUGUGCAUUGCAAUAUGUGGUUGCAGGGAAUAUGUCAAAGUAGAGGUGGAAAAUGUAAACCCGUUAUCUUUGAUGAAAUAGAUGUUAGCUCUGAGUGGCCCACCGAGUUGGACCCUUCUGUCCCACUUUUGGAUGAUUCAUGGUUGGACAAUUUACCCUUUGAUUCUAGGACUAUUCCCUGAAGAAUGCAAUAUCAGAAAAAUGUAUGCAUGCAUGUAUGUAUGAUUUUGAAUUUUUUUAUCUUGUAUGAGAAAAUAGAUGGUGUAUGGUAUUUAUGAUAUAGGUGACAUAAAUAAGUCCAGUGGUUGGUCCGUGGACGUUUCCAUUAUUGGCAUCUUUUACG